CGUGCGCGCACAUCGUGGAAGAGCCACAAACAGUUUUCUGAAGCCUUCCGUCCGUUCUGUGCCAAGCGUGAGAGCGGAUCGAAGAGUGCAACAAUGCCGAGAGGCAGAGGCAAGUCUCGGAAACAAGGAAACAGAGUGCCAGAGGCGCAAAGCCCCGCGAAGAGCGAACCAAAAAGUGGAUUCGACAGAGCUUUGGAGGCCGAGAGAAUAAUCGGCGUUGCAACAGAUGUCGAACAGAAUAUUCGGUUCCUCAUAAAAUGGAAGAACACCGAUCAAGCCGAAUUGGUGCUCGCGAAAAUCGCGAACGAGAAAAUCCCUCAGAUGGUGAUCAAAUUCUACGAAGAAAGGCUUACGUGGGUCUGAAAAUCGAUUUGCGAGAUUCCGGGAGCCCCAUGUGAAGAGUCCCCCAUCAUGUGGCCCACCACGAUCAAUCGCUCCUGAAACUCCGCUCUUGAGUAUUCGUAAAAUACCACGAAUAUUCGGAACACCUGUAUUUGCACUGGCGUCAAUAAAUGAACGAUGAAG